CCUCAACCAAAGACUAUGUACAAGGGCAAGAGUGAAAGACAAACCAGACCACAAUGGCUAAAUUCAUUUGUGCAUUUCUUUUCAUGCUUGUUAUCACUUUUGUGAUCCAAGAGACCUAUGCUGGUGGAGAAGGAUCACUUCGUCCUCAAGAUUGUGCGCCAAAAUGUGAUUAUCGGUGCUCAAAAACUUCGCACAGGAAGGCAUGUUUAACCUAUUGCAACCUUUGUUGUGCAAAGUGUUUGUGUGUUCCAUCGGGAACAUACGGUAACAAGCAAGAAUGUCCAUGCUAUGAUAACUGGAGAAAUAAGAAUGGAGGACCCAAGUGCCCCUAAUUUUGUACUGUUAAGCUUAUACUAUUGAUGAUGCAUUUAUCUUUGUCAAUGCAUUCAUCUGCUAUUUGAUUAUUAAUAAAAUUUAUA